CACUGUCAUUUAUCACUCAUAAGGACUCCGGGCAGCUUGAGACACUUUCAGUACGCUCACAUCCUUCAUUUCUUAUUUGUGUUUCAUUUCCCCACUGCUUUCAGUUCUCUAUUUCUUCAAAAAUCAAAUAAGCAUAUCAAAUAUUAAGCUUGUGUAAGGGGUGAAUUUUCUCUGAAAAAUUGUAUGUUUUCUUCUUCUUUACAGAAGUUGUAAAAUAACAAAACCACAAGUCACCUGAAGUCACAUGCAUGUCUUCUCUGAUAUGUCUGAAUCCAUGUGUGGCCAUACAAUUUAAAAACACAAAUAUAUCUAAAGGGAAUGAUUUCUACAAUUAGAAAAUGAAAUGGAAUGUGAAGUACAGAGGCUACCGAAAGUCGAGUGUUUGUUAUUGAUGAGUGUAUUUUAUGUUUAUGGUUUGCGUAUGUUCAUUGUGGCAUAAAUUCACAAUUUUGUUUUGUCAUCAUCAUAGGAAAUAAUAUUGCUAAGUGUCAUGUUGCAAUAUCACAAGUCUGAACGUUUCAGCUUUUUCACAAAUGAGUAAUAGGAGGAAGGUGAUUAUUUUAUGUGGGAGUUAAGUGGGUGGUGUAUUAUGGAGUGUGAAAGAAUAUACGUACACAUUUCCCUGUAAUCUAUCUACACAUACAGAAACUGCAGGAGUUCCACUCAGACACAGUUCUGGUAAUUGAAGAUUUGAAAAUAAAAGUUAGAGCAGAGAAGCAUCAAAUUUCCAAGACACUGAUCUGAGAUGAAAGACUGUGGUUUCUGUGGUGACAAGUGGACUGUUGAUAGCAUCAACCUGGCACCAAUCAACAGAUGGAGAUUUCUGACUCGGCCAGUGACUGUGAGGAGAGGCCCAGUUCUAGCCCAAUGGAGACAGAGGAGAGGUCCUUCAUGGCAGGUUUGCACUGUUUCAUGAAGGACCGUGGCACACCCAUCGAGAGGAUACCACACCUGGGAUUUAAGCAGAUUAACCUGUGGAAAAUCUACAAAGCUGUCGAGAAGCUUAGCGGUUACGACGCUGUGACAUCGCGGCGGCUGUGGAAGAAUGUGUAUGAUGAGCUGGGCGGCAGCCCAGGCAGCACCAGCGCUGCUACCUGCACUCGCAGACACUAUGAGAGGCUUGUUUUACCCUUUGAGAGACAGUUGAGGGGGGAGGAGGACAAACCUCUGCCUCCAAGUAAACCGCGCAAACAGUAUAAGAGGAGUCCAGACGGCAAGGGGAGCAAGUCUGAGGGCAAGAGGAAGAGACCCCAUCUGGAAAAGGAGACAGACUCUGAGGGCCAGGUACAUUCUACUCCAUUGUCUCCAUGGACUACUCCAUCUGAAAGCCUCCACCCAGACCAUCCUCCACCAAUCAGUGAGACUACCGUGUGUGACGACCUCUCUUCCUCAGCAUGCACCCUAUCCCGCCCAGCCCAGGGCCCUACCUCAUGCCCCUGGAGAGGAAGUCAGCUCCAGUCUGCUGCUGCAGAUAUCAUCUCUCCUCUGGAGAAGAAGAAGCGUAUGGCCCAGGCCAGCCUGAGCGAGUCCCAGGACUCACAGAGCGCCAGUGACUGUAAGGGCAGGCCCUCUGUGAUCCACUGCUCCCAGUCCCCAGGGCUGUUCCUUCCCAGCCGGACACGCACUACCUCUGAGGGCUCUCCUCUCCCUCCGUCCUCCUCCUCCUCCCGUAGCCCGUCCCCCUACUCCAUCUCUUCUGAGGACUGUCCAGCACUAACUGAAGACAGGCCCCCAGUACCAAAACCAGAAGUACCCCUUCAUUUUUCCAGCAACCCUUUAUCUGCCCACAGUGGGGUCCACAAGCCUCAGACCUGCAGCCCUGAUGUCAAGGAAUAUGUUGGCUUCCCUGGAGGACAAAGAGAUUUCCCUCCGGUCAGCCCCCUACCAGUUGAAACUGUCUCUAUCAAAGGUCGAAGUAAAAACUCUGUAUGGAGCCCUGUCUGCAAUGGGAGUAACAGACAUCCAGCUCACCAAAUACCCCCACCAACGUCUUGUACAUAUACUGUUAGGUCUUGCUUGGUUCCAUCCACCUCCAGUUUCACCAAGGUUUAUCCCAAGUCUAUGGAGUCUUUGCGGCCUAUACCCUUUCAGCCAGGUUACACAUUCCAUCAGAACCCAAAUAGGCCCAUGUUGCAUGAUGGCCGUCUGAUCUAUAAGAAGAAACUACAGAUGGUCCCUCGACAUUAUCAGACGGAGAAGAAGCAGAAGUCCAGGACAAUGUUGCCCAAGCCACUUCCAACUCAACAGCCUGUGUUCCACCCUAAUGCCAGCAUCCCAGUGUCCUACCUCAUCCCAGCCUAUGACAGGACAAGGGGAGACUCUGGGCAGAAGCCACCUGUACACCCUCUCUUUAUACCUACCCACGUCAGACUGUCCCAGUCCCAGACCAGCCCUAUGUACCGCCAUGUCCCAACGGGACACACACAUACUUCCUCUUAUGAGCCUGCUCUCUACUCCUAUCCCUUUCACAUUCCUAUGUGUAAUCCCCAUACUGGAUACAGCAUCACUGGUGUGCAUUAUCCUCACACCAGGCUUUGAUAGCCCCACUCUCAGACUCAAGGCCUAUUGACAAUGUGACAAGUCAAACAGAGAUAAUGACAGUACCUGCUUCGUUCUAGACAUUUUCAAAACUUGCCUCGAACACUGCUGCAUUCUAUGUGAGUGAUCAACAGGGAAACAUUGUUGUGAUUGUUAUGCUGAGAUGUGCUCCCCUCCAUGGCAACUGACAGAAUUGCACUGAUAAAAAGGACUAUACUUUCUGUAUUUGUAACAAUAACUUUGAGGUUUACUGCAAUGCACAUGUGCUUUUACGGUAUGAUCCAAUAAUUUUACAUUGAUAUAAUAUAUGAAACAACACAGAUUUAUUUUUCUAUUUCUGAAUAAAAUCUAAAACUAU